GCCCGACAGGCAGUGACGAAGUAUGAAAAGAAACUCCUCUUUGACGAAAUGAACUCUAUUGUCAUCUCAGCAGCCUUCUCUUGAAUGUGCAAACUAUUGACGACAACAGCGACCGCAUCCUCACUCACUGACUACCUCGCCGCAUCCCUUCCGGAGACCCUUAUUCCACUUCUGUCUUCCGAUAUCCAUCCAUCUCGGGAUCUCCCUCAAGUCACAUCUCGGCGAUCAAUCCUCCUGCAUGCAGCUGAGCAAGCAUAUUAGCACAACUCGCACAGAAUUCUAGUGGCUGACUGGUUUCCCUCAUUCACCAACUCAUUCUUGACCACGCAUGCCUUUUUUGCGGGGAGACACACAAUAGGGUAAUAGGUGGAGGACACACGGAAGAGAGCGGCUUCGUCGUCUCUUAAGUAGUACUACGAUCGAUUACUCCGAUCCUUUAUUCUCUUGCUUUCGGAGCAUAGAGGGCGACGCGAUGCCUACCAACAGACCCUUCUUCGCCAACUUCUUCUCUGCAUUCCGCGCCCGAACCAAUCCCACCUUUCAAGCCAAGUCAAGUUCAACAUACGAUACAGUAUUGCAAGGCACCCUCGUGGCCACCCCACAUGUAUCGACCACGAACGCGACAGUGACCGCGUCGAAUGCUAGGACCAUCUCAACCAAAUCCUCGGUCGAUACAUCGACACUCUCUCAACAACCAUCGCAAGCCAAACCAGGUUCUCCCUCUCCACUACCAUUCUCAUCGAACACGAGCUCGCAUCGAUAUGCUCCUCCUUUGUCCAGAUCACCAGGACCAAGCUCGCCCGCCGGACCCCAUUCGCAUUCUCAUACCAAUCCGAACCUGUCAAUGUCGCCGCCAGGUACGUCGACCCCAAUGACACGGGGGAGGCAAAGACGGGGAAGUGACAGCUCAAAUUCAUCUGGGGGUUUUAUUGAUGCCCUGGGGCCUGACAAAUGGUACAUUGGAGGUCGGAGUGCAGGUGGUGAAGAAACAUUUUAUAAGUUAGGCUUGGUAACAGGCGGGACUGGGAAAAGAGUACGCAGUCUCGACCGCUUGAGCCUUGGAACGUGAUGAAGGGUCGGUCAACGAACAAAGGACAUGAAAUACAUAUUACGACUUUUACCUGCGCCAUUUUAGGUAUUCAAUUGUACAGAGCAUGAGGCGACGUGGGAUCCACGAAACAUUUUGCUGAAAAGGGAUAUUGUUUAUUUAAGGGGUUUCAAACGCAUGAAGGAGCAGUCGGCAUACUACAUUGACGGACAGACGAUGUCUGUACACAGGUUGUAGUUUCAGAUGGCUGGGUCCUGUGUUGCCAUCUUUGCAGAUACGCAAGAUAGUCUUGCAAAAGCACCCUGGUCAUUGUCUCUGCCUGUUAUAGAGCAGGAGAGACACCACAUUUGGUUUGAUCUUCUAUCUGCGCGUUCCAUUCACCGUGACUAUGAACCCUCCUGUGCUCGCACUCGUAGGCGAAUGUGAGAGAUCGCGCUGGGCGUCCGCAGGGCAGCCUUCUGGCUGCGAGCUAUCUGCCACUGGCUGAAACAAUUGGGUAAAUUGGGACUGAGCACCUUCUACGCGGGCUUAUUCGAUACAGAAAAAUGAUAUGCGUCUUGGGUAUUCGAGAGUCAGGGAACAGUUGGCGGUGAUUGUGGGCUCCGGAGGUCAGAGCCGGGUCCUGGGGUUCGCGAAUGGUGGUUCAUGGGAGGGAAGAGUAUCCCGCACGUUGAAAAGAUUGGAAGACACUGUGACGGACUACAGAAUCAACCAAUUGUCCUGCAAAGUACAAAAAACUUGCAGCACAAAUAUGAGUGGUACAGAAUUUUCGUCCAGCCAUUCGGGACUGUUAGCGAUGUGCAGGAUCACAAAAGCAGGAUCAGGCGAUGACCAGCCUCAGGAUCGUCGAUCCAGAAUGAAAAAGUACGAGUAGCGGCUAUAUUAAUUGUAUGGACACCACUCUUCUCUUUCUCACCACCUUCUACUGAAUCCCUAACCGAGGAGACGGUAACUCCCGUCCAAUUUUACACUUACCAACCUCUGAGACUCGUAUUUGCAACUCAACUAUUGACGGGGAAGCAAGCCUGCUCUGCUCCUCCCGAGACGGUGGAGAGAGGUCAGAAUGGACGUAGGACUAUGCCUGAAGCCAAAAGGGAUCGAG